AUGGCUUACCUCCUCGAGCACGGGGUGACAAUCAAUCAUCACAGUGAGUUUCACGGCUUUUACCAAUUCAAGUUACUACUACAUGAAAGGACCAGUAAAUGGCUGAUUGCGUGUGGAACAAUAGAGGAGAAAAAUGUCCAGCUUGAACAUGACACUGAUCAGUUCUAUGCCACACCAGAAGGUGGUGGGUUGGCCAUUGUGCAAAACUACUUCAGCCACAUGAAACAGCUCGAUGGAUUGACCAUCGUGUGGGAAACGGAAGCUGAAAAGCUGCUCACCAAUGACGCCGGCCAGGUGACUGGAGUCAAAGUCAGGAAAACCGAUGGCCGUCUCCACGAUAUUCUCGGGUCAAACGUCAUGCUUGCCUGUGGCGGGUUUGGAGGAAACCAAGAAAUGUUGGCAAAGUACGUAGGGCCUCGAACACAAGCACUUCCUCUUAUCGCACCAGGCCUUAUGCACAACCGUGGCGCUGGCCUCCGCAUGGCUAUGGAAGCGGUCGCGGCAACAUCUGGCGCAUUUGACGGCAUCUAUAGCGAGAUUGUUGACGCUCGUACCUCCAAGUCGGACGCAGUCACCUGGGGUCACUGCUGUGGCAUAGUUGUGAACGGCGACUGCAAACUGUUUUACGAUCUUGAUCCGGAGGAGGCGCCGACCAUCGCUGAACUGGCGCAAAAGCUUGGGCUAGAGCCUGGGAAGCUGGAGCACAUUAUUCAGGAGUUUAACGCAGCCUGUAACGACAAACCAUGGGACACCAUGAAGUUCGACGGCAAAGCCACAACGAUCCUGUCGCCUAAUAAGACUAAUUAG